AUGGCAGAAGACAUCGCUGUAGAUCCCGAUUACUAUGCUCUAAAUGAGGGCUAUGGUCCAGAAGAUUUCAAUUCUGAGACCACUUCUAUUGCUUCGGCAAUUUCCAAAGGCAGAAUAGAAAAUGGUCGAAGAUAUCAGGCCAUGAAAGAGGAUGACUAUUGGAGUCCUGCUGAUGAACAACAAUUUGAGUCCUUGGAAAAUGGGCACAUAUUGUGUCUAGUUUUGGACCACCAGCAGAAGGACCCGCUGCAUCGAGCACCCAUCAAGAAUCCUAAGGUCCACAUCCUCGAUAUCGGUACGGGUAGGGGAUCAUGGGCAAUUGACAUGGCAGAUUACUAUCCGUCAGCAACCGUUCGCGGUGUUGAUAUCUUUCCUCCGCCUGUCUCUUGGAUGCCCCCCAAUUGCGUCUUUGAAGUCGACGAUAUCCUCCGCGAAUGGACGUGGAGAGAACCAUUCGAUUAUAUUCAUCUUCGUAUUCUCCUAGGUGCGUUUGAUGACGCCGGCUGGUCCUUGGCAUAUGAUCGCUGCUACAAAGGUCUUAAUCCUGGCGGCUGGAUUGAGCAACUGGAGUUUGAUAUCAAUCUACAAAGCGAAGAUGGAUCUCUAAAGCCAGAACAUCAUCUUUCCAGCUGGGGCAAAAACAUGAUUGCGUGCGGUGAGCGAGCUGGCCGCCCACUUACCACUCAGAAAACCAUGAAAUCUGCUAUUGAGAAGGCAGGUUUUGUUGAUGUACACGAGCACGUAUACAAGGUACCCUUGGGUCCAUGGGCUAAGAAUCAGCUCCUGAAGGAGGCGGGCCGGGUUAACUAUCUUGUUUGGACAUCUGGUCUGGAAGGCUAUGCCAUGUGGCUUCUCACUAAAUUCGGAGCGCCAGAGCCGUGGACCAAGGAAGAGGUUUAUGUUUUUCUUGCUCGUGUCCGGAAGGAGUUGUCGGACCCGAGUAUUCACGCAUAUCAAUAUGUUCGACGAGUGUGGGCACGCAAGCCAACGGAGGAAGAGCUGAAAGUGAAGAGAGAAAGUAAGACGCCAGAAGAAGAGAUUAAGAGUGAAAAAUAG